UUUUGCUGAGAGCGCUGAUGGGGUGGAGAGGGUGAAUGGCCUAGUGUAUAUAUAGGCCUGUGGUUCGUCGAGAGCCUAAACGCGACCGUGAUCUUCAAUACUUUACUACCCACGCACAUUGAAUCGAGCGGGCAUUCGCUACCUACUCGCGACUUCAAUCUAGUAUGUCUGACACAGAAAGCGAUGGAUCGAGCAGCGAUACCUACUCCUCGCGGAGAUUCGUCGCAGACAAGUCGACCGGAGCUUGCGCCAAUUGUAAGACACUCAAAAUCCGCUGCGAGUGGAUCAUCGACGAGGGCAUAUGCGUGAAGUGCAAGUCGACAGGGGCAGACUGCAUGACCCAUGGACGUAAGAAACGCCGACCCGCAAUGUCUCAUGAACAGCUCAUGAAGCGCUCGGAGGCGCAAGACGCUCAUAUUCAGUCGUUACUGGGCCAACUGGAUGGUCUGAAGCGACUCACCGAAAUACGCAAGUUAGUGGCUAAAGCGAGGGAUGAAUCUGCGGCCCUGAUGGCAAGGUCCAGCGGCGUGCCAAUGGAUGUCUAUCCUGACGAGCAUUUGCCUUCUGGGGCAGCAAACGGGCGUGAUAAACGGGAUCCCAGCAGAGCUCAUCAGUCCUCCGUGCCUUGCGUGGAAACUGCAAGAACAACUGCAUCGUUCUUCCUCCCGUACUACUCAGCCGUAGAUUGGGGCACUUUCAUCUGUCCCCCGAUACUCAAAUGCGGCCUUUUUGGGCCGGUCGAAGUAACGGCGUUGUUCAAGCUGUACUUCGACAAGUUAUACCCGUCCUUUGCCAUCUUGGACCCUGCCUUGCAUACCCCAGAAUAUGUCCUAUCGAAAUCAUCCCUGCUCUUUACGACUGUGCUAUAUGUGACGUCACGGCUAUGGACACACCGUCCUAAGCUUCAUGUGCUUGCCCGAGCGCACACAACCGAAUGCGUCAAAGAAGCCGUCCGGGAAGGCUACAGGACAAUUGAGACAUGCCAGGCUCUCACUUUGCUGGCUUUGUUCCCCGCACCUCACAGGAGCUGGGUUGACCACCGAGGGUGGAUGCUAAUGGGCAUCGCUAUUCGAAUUGUCCAGGACCUCAAGCUGGAUGAGCCGCCACCUGCGGACAUCCUCGAACGCGAGAAGCUCAACCGUCUCCGAACCUGGUUUCAAAUUGUCGCUGUGGAUGCUUCUAAUGCCAUCCAGAAGGGGCAGCCAACCUGGGUUCAGAGGAACAACUUCACCUCCCAGAUGACCGAUCUGUGGUACCGGUGCUCCCCGUUGAACUCGCCAUACGACAUCUACUGUAGCGCCUAUGCGGAUCUGAUGUCAUUCACGUCAAACGUCUGGGGCCCUACGGGACCGACGAGCAUGAAUUCACAAGAAGAUGACGAAGUCAUUGAUACCAUCUUGUCGUACCACCGCAGUGUGUGCGGUAGGGUUGAAUUGUGGCAACAGCGCAUCGCCGAGCACCACAUACAUCCCGCAGUCGCUGCGCAUCGCGACCCCAAGCUCAAACUGCUCGGAUAUGCUCUACGUUUGAGUGUCCUAGGAGUCGGGUUUCAGCAUUCGGUAAAGCGUAUGCUUUAUCCGAAUAUGGAACUGCUCAAUCUCGCUGUCGAGGCAGCGCGCCAUGUCCUGGAAUACGACACCGAGCACAUCUACCCCACCGGUGUUUUGCGCUAUGCCAUCGAGCCACAAUAUAUCUUCGUGACAUACUCAGCAGCGUUCCUUAUCAAUCUGCUGCGUCCUUGUCUCGCCUUGUUGCUUCAAGGCACCAUUCGUACGGACAUCUUCCGGGAGGUCCGCACCCUCAUCGAGGUAUUCAACUGCAGAGACGUAGCUAUCGACAGGACACAUAUUGCCGUCGUCUACGCAGGCUUCCUCGAAGCCCUGCUCGACCAAAUCACGGCAGGGCAAGAUCUCGCAGACGACCUGUCCGCCCAUCCGUCUACUCCGACACCGAGCAACCCAAGCCUAGCACUCACCCACGGAACCACAUCGGAGGCUCAAGGCUCCUCAAGUCAUGUCGUGGACAUAGAGUCGUCACAGGGCGCCGAGUUCACGAUCCAGCGCUUCGUCGCGGACGUCACGACCCACCAAACGUCCGCCUAUCCGGUUCCGGCAGCUACUUGGCACGGCUUUCCUGUAGACGAGGGAAUCUGGUGAGAGCGAGACGGAGGUAGUGCGAGAGAGGAGAGUGCGCGAUAGGGACACAGCGCACUGCCAACCGGUGCCCAUAUGUAUAUAUAGCCUUGGAUCCACGCGCAUGGCGGACCGCGGCGAUGGGUCUUCAAUCUGGUCAUCGUGCCAUGUGCAUUUAGACUCUCCUGUCAAGGUUCAAUUGAUCUGGCUUUCCUCGAGA